CUGUUUACACAGAAAACUCUUUGUUUUUUCCAUUCUUGUGUUUACUUUUCUUGUAAAAUCUCAUUUUUCAACAUUUGGGUAUUACAGCUUCUUCUGUGAGGAGCAUUAGAAUGGUCUGAAGAGCACUUGAAUGGCAAGUCAAAGAAUUGGAGAGACUGGUUUGUCUGCUUCAGGACCUUCAAGCCACCAUCAUCUCCCAUAUGCAAUACUUCACAGCCUUAAUCCUACUGGUACAAGCUUCAUUCAUCAAGGAGGAUCUGUUUUUGAUUUUGAAGAACUGGAGGAGGCUAUUGUGCUGCAAGGAAUUAAAACCAACAGUGAUGAUGCCAAACCAUCUUUAUAAACAGACAGGGCUGCAGUAGCUACUUUGGAGAUGUUCCCUUCUUGGUCUAUGAGAUUUCAUCAAACCCCAGGAGGGAGUUCAAAGUCAGCAGAAGGAAGUAGUGAUUCAGGAUCAGCAGCUAACAGACUUUCAAGUAAAACUGAGGCCCAGUUGGAGUCAGAAUCUCUUGAUGAAAAGUAUCUUCAGCUAUCACAACAAGAAGAACAAGAAGAGAUGGCAAGUGACAGCCCAAGAACAGGUGUAUCACAGACUAUACCAGUUUCCAAUCCUACCCCAGAAAAGAGAAAGGGUGGUGGUUCAACAUCAGAGAAGGCACUUGAUGCUAAGACAUUGAGACGUUUAGCUCAAAACAGAGAAGCAGCAAGGAAGAGCAGACUCAGAAAGAAGGCGUAUGUACAGCAGCUAGAGUCAAGUAGGAUAAGGCUCACUCAGAUAGAGCAAGACCUUCAACGAGCUCGAUCUCAGGGAUUGUUCUUGGGAGGAGGAGGUGGUGGUGCUUCUGGGAAUAUAAGCUCUGGUGCUGCAAUAUUUGAUAUGGAAUAUGCAAGAUGGUUAGAUGAUGAUCAGAGGCACAUGUUGGAGCUUAGAACGGGGUUGCAAGCACAAUUAUUGGAUGGUGAUCUCAGGGUAAUAGUAGAUGGAUAUAUUGCCCAUUGUGAUGAAAUGUUCCGCCUCAAGGGAGUUGCUGCCAAAUCCGAUGUCUUCCACAUUAUUACUGGAAUGUGGACUACUCCAGCUGAACGUUGCUUCCUCUGGAUUGGUGGUUUUCGGCCCUCUGAGCUAAUUAAGAUGUUAAUCACACAAUUAGACCCAUUAACGGAGCAGCAAAUCGUAGGAAUUUACGGCCUCCAGCAUUCCUCACAACAGGCAGAGGAAGCCCUGUCCCAGGGAUUAGACCAGCUUCAACAGUCCCUUAUCGACACAAUGGCUAGUGGUUCUGUCAAUGAUGGUAUGCAUCAUAUGGUUGUUGCUCUUGGGAAGCUAGCCAGUCUCGAAGGUUUUGUUCAUCAGGCUGAUAAUCUAAGGCAGCAAACACUUCAUCAACUGUGCCGGAUAUUGACAGUAAGGCAAGCAGCGCGAUGUUUUUUGGUGAUUGGCGAGUACUAUGCUCGAUUACGAGCCCUAAGUUCCCUUUGGGCAUCUCGACCACGAGAGUAAGAGUAUUGGAUACAAAUAUCCCUAUAUAUAUGUGUGCUCCAAAUAUAUCUUAGGGUGUGUUUAGUAGCAACUUCAAUUAGGAAGGGCUAGAGGGACAGUUUCUAUAGAGUUUUCUUUGCUAGGGCAGAUAAGGGUUUCCUUUUUCAUUAUUGCGAGAAAGGUAAAAGAGAGUCGAAAAAAGUCUUUGGGCAAGAUUAUUAAUCUUUUUGGCAAUGUAUUCUUCGUUCAAUAGAGUAUACUUAGAAGCAUACAGGCAAAUUUAUUCUCCAUUUUAAUAACAACAAUUAACAUGACCAUACAUGUGACGAUAAUGAUAAUAGUGGUGUAUAGGGAGAAUGAUGCAAUAUUUUAAAUAAAAUUUAUUGGUAUCGCAUGAGAAAACAAGAAAAGAGAAAAAAAAAAAAUUAUUAAUGUGGAAUUGAGAACUUGUUUCUACUUUUUACUUACACAAACAUUGGUGUGAAUGAAGUUUCUUUUUUUUUGAACUUUUUAUUACCACAUACAAAAGUUCACAAACUAUAGAAGUGUAAUUUAUUUUCAUUUUCGUCUUCCCGAUGUUCAUGUCAAUUACCAAAUCCAUAUCACGAAAAUAAUGCAUUUGGAAUUUGGGAAAUUUUACGCAAGUGUAUGCAAACACAGCAACUAUGAUAUAUUGAUUUUGAGUCAUAAACUAGCUCAUCUUCUUUGCAGUUCUGACAUGCAUGCAAGCAUAACCACCAUGAUAUAUAAAUAGAGGGGCAUUAGGACUUUGAUCAGUGAUGAUAACUCUUGUCAAACAUCCACGGA